AUGCCAGCCCAGACGAGACGCAGCGAGAGAGCGCAGUCAGCGCAACGACAACGUGGAGAAGAGACACCAUUUUCCGACCUCCCAGAACCCCCUCAAGUUCAGCCAGCAGGACUAGGUCGCGGCUCUAUAGGCCGCGAGAUGCAACAAAACAAGAGGAGCACCGCUCAGAUAGAGGACGACGAAUACAACGAGUACGACGAAGAUACUAACCCCUCCUCUCCCUCUCCCUUGGGCCAGGAAGAAAUCCUUAUCGCUACGCACGAGGAACGCCUACGCAAGAGGCGCGCCGAUCUAGAACGCCUCCGAAGCGCUUCAGCCGCGCCCGCUCCCGGAGUUGUAUUGAGCUCAGCUGAGGCCGUAGACCUCCGCAACAGGGUUAGCCCCCUUACCCAGGCUGUAUCAGGAGCGCUGUCAGAGCAACAACAGAGCGACGAGUUCAUCGCCCCCAAGCCACCUUCCACAAGCUCCCUACCAACAGAAGCGGCGGUCACAGGAGGCUCUUCGGUGUUCAGGCCUCUGUCCCUCCCCAGCCUGUCGUACACGGGCAAGUCGGCAAGGGACUUGCAGAGCUUUCUGUUCGACUGUUACUACCGCUUCGACUUAUGGGCGCAACAGAUGAAAAGCGACCGCGACAGAGUAGCUUACGCAGUGAGCUGCCUACAGGGAAACGUCAAGACGUCAUGGAUGCAUUACAUCUUCGACCGGAGACGCGACGUCGGGUUCACCAUGGACCAGAUUACCUGGGCCGAGUUAGAGACCUUCCUCCAAGACAACUUAUCGGACCCUGCAAGCCGCGGAGUAGCGGCGAGUAUACGUCUCGACAGCGCCUCCCAGGGCGCAAAGGAGAAGGUGGACGAAGAAGCAACGGACUUCUACCCUGCUAAGCAAGUUACGUCCUCAACUCCGUCACACCAUCACGUCGCAGAUAGUACUCCCUCGCACAAGGACGGAGCUAGUAUCGCUGGCAAGACGGAUCGAACAAUCGGCUUUAUCGAUGGGUGA